AGAAGAUGAAGAGACAGCUCUCCUUCUCUCUCUUCUUCUUCUCAUUUACUUUCUUGUGCUUAUCUCUCUUCUUCUGUCAUGGAAUUGAAUCCCCCCAAUUCACUGUUGUUCGCUCCGAAUCCGAUUUCGAGAUCAGAUUGCAUGGAGAAUCGUCAUGGAUGACGGCACCUGUUCAAACGGAUUCUUUCGAAACGGCCACGAAAGAAGGCUUCCAUAGGUUGUAUAUAUACAUCCAUGGUGGUAACGAGGAUUCUUAUCAUCUUGCAAUGACCGCUCCCGUCUUAACAAGCAUCGACCCGGAUGCCCAGUCAUCAUCAGAGUAUUCUGUGAGAUUAUAUCUGUCCACAAAUAUUAACGGCGGCCCACCUCAUCCCCUUCCCAAUCUGAAUCUGAAGUUCACCAAAUGGGGGAGUCGUUGUGUAGCAGUUAGGAAGUUCUCCGGAUUUGCUAAGGAUGACAAUAUCAUCAAAGAAGCAGAAAAUCUUUCAGUCAGCUUACAAAGAUCCAACUCAACCAAUCCAUUAAUUUUAGAAGAUAAGCACGCUUACACGAUUGCUCAGUACAAUUCCUCGUCUCACCUUGUUGGACGCUUGAAUGAAGUGUGGAUGAAUGUUGUCGGACAUGCAAAUAAGGCUUGCUAAUCUGAUCAAUGGUUAUACCGAAAUGUAAAAAUGCUGGUUUGAUGGGUAUGAUUAAAUCAAAUGUCGUGUAUGUGUGAAUAUGAUGCUUUAAGUUUCAAAUGUUCUAAUGUCUAAAAGUCGAUUUCGGGUUUGUUUCUCACGAAUAAAAUCACCUUUUAUCGAAUUUUU